AUGUCUGCGCUGCUGGUGAAGGCUCUGGCCGCCCUCGUGGCAAUGGCCGCCGUGGCCGAGCUCGCCGCCGCCAAGAACUACACGAUCCAGUGGCCCGUGAGUGGGAACUACGGCGACUGGUCAUCCAACAACGCCGUCAGCGUCGGCGACACCGUCGUGUUCACGUACGGGCCGCCGCACACCGUCAACGAGCUGCCGUCGGAGGCGGACUACAAGGCGUGCAGCUUCGACAACUCGGCGUCGUUGGACCAGAGCGGCAACACGGCCGUCACGUUCGACAAGGCCGGCACCAGGUACUUCGCGUGCGCCGUGGGGUCGCACUGCAGCCAGGGACAGAAGGUGGCCAUCACGGCCGCCGCACCGGGGGCUUCCCCGGCGCCGAAGCCCAAGGAGAACUCGGCGGCGGCGUCGAUGGCCGGCGCGGCCGGGCUCGCGGUGAAGCUGGCGCUUGGCCUUGGCGUCGGAGGCGCCGUGCUUGCUGCCUUCUGA